GCAUUGAAAUCUAUUACAGCACAUCAAAUACCAUGUCACAUACUCAAGGCUCAGUUGCACCUCUCAAUUGAUCACAGCGCCUGGUUUCAUUAGCAAAUAGAAAUUCCUGUUUCACAUUUGGCAAAUGCUGACAUGCAUCACCCAAGCCCAUAAUGGCCACUCCACACUGAUUCUGGUAACCCAUGGGCCAGCUGGCCAGCUGACAAAAGCAAUUGCCUUUGUAAUGUUGACAGAGAGUGAGUCCUGGCCACACAUUGAUAUGAUAUCAUUUAGAUCGCUGCUGGACACUCCAAUGCGGCACUAGCACAGAGCUUGGAAAAGAGCUACACCAUGGCGCUACUCACAAAGUCUGCUUAGCAUUGCAGUGUGGCAUGCAGUACCUUUCUGAACUUCCCUGGACAUCGUUUUGCAGAACGCUGCAUUCUUAAUUUGUUCAAACACGGGUUGCUAGACAGCUGAAGAUAGCUAUGCUGCUCUCUGCAGGCCACAAUAUGCUGUCAAGCCCCCUUAUUUCAGUCAUGAUACCCCCGAAGCUGCUAUUCUGUAUCAGGCAUAGCACGGCAAACCUCAUUCAAAUCCUUCCUUCCUGUCCGCCUCUUCUCCUCUCCUGGCUAGGAAUCGCCUGCCAGGAUCAAAUGGUCAAUGCAGUCCAAUUUGCACAUCAGUGCUGACAUGGACAUUGGCACAUAGGAAGACAUCUGGAAGCCAGUGAAAUAAAUAUUGCUUCCAGUUAUAUCGCUCACUGGCCACCUACAGCU